GGAUGCAUUCGGUCGAGAGCUGUCAGUCUAGUUUCUUAUCCGUUUUUCCUGAGCGCUUGGAGUUGUAGAUUGCGCAGUGGCUGUGCUUUGUUAGCCAGUAUAACAUCAAGGGAGACAGAGGACCUGAAUCCAUGCACUAACCGAGAGGAAAAUGAUCAUCUGCACGAAAAAAAUGGACUACCCUCUCGGAACUCAAUGCCAGCGCGUCCAAAACCAGGUGAUGAAGGUGAACUCGGAGAAGGAGAGGGCGUCCCUGCUGUGCAUGAAGGCGCUGGCCAGCAGGGGGCGCCUGGACGCGGUGUCGCAGCAGAUGGCCUGGCACCCCCAGUACCUGGAGAGCUUCCUGCGCUGCCACCACUACAUCCUGCAGAUGGACGGGCCUCUUCCCCUGCCCUACCGACAUUACAUCGCCAUCAUGGCGGCGGCGCGGCACCACUGCGGCUACCUGGUGUCCCUGCACUCGGCGCAGUUCCUGCGGGUGGGCGGAGACCCGCUCUGGCUGCAGGGCCUGGAGUCGGCCCCGCCCCGCCUCCGACACCUCGACCACAUCAACAAGGUCCUGGCCCACCGGCCCUGGCUCACCGCCCGCUCCCACAUUCAGGCCCUGCUGAAAAACGGGGAGCAGUGCUGGUCGCUGGCAGAGCUGGUGCAGGCGGUGGUGCUGCUGGCUCACUGCCACGCCCUCUGCAGCUUCGUCUUCGGCUCCGGGGCAGACGUGGACCCCCCGCAGACCCCCAGAGUCCCCCUCGGCACACCCCCCGGCUACUGCUACUGUGACGCUGCCAACGGCAACGGGGCUGUCCCCCCGCCCUCCACCGCUCCCUCAGACAGGACGCCACGGCGACGGUCUCUGGACUCCAGCUGUGAGGUGGCCUGUCUCAGAGAGAGGAUCCAGAAAGCACAGGAGGAGAAGGAGAGGAGAGGAGAACGCCUGCUCAACUCCCAGACCCUGCUGUACACAGACGUAGACGAAGAGGACGAGCUGGUGUGCGCUGCAGACCCCUCCCGCUUCGACUCAGACCCGGCGUUUGGGUACCAGGAGUUCGCCCGCAGGGAGGAGGACCACUUCCAGGUGUUCAGAGUGCAGGACUACUCGUGGGAGGACCACGGCUUCUCGCUCGCGAACAGGCUGUACUCGGACAUCGGGCACCUGCUGGACGACCGCUUCCGGAAGGUGGCGGCCCUCCCCUCCCCCCGCGGGCCCGACCUGAAGAGGGCCAUCUGGAACUACAUCCACUGCAUGUUCGGGAUAAGGUACGAUGACUAUGACUACGGGGAGGUCAAUCAGUUGUUGGAGCGUGGGAUGAAGCUCUACAUCAAGAGCGUCACCUGCUUCCCUGAUGCCACCAAGGGCCCACUGUGUCCCCUGCCCUGGGCCCCACUCAAACCUGCAGAGAAGGUCCACAUUAACGUCCUCAUCAUGGAGGCCAGACUGCAGGCCGAGCUGCUGUACGCACUGAGAGCUAUCACUCAGUAUAUGAUCGCCUAGGCGGAGGCAGAGAGGGAGGGAGGGAAGGAGGGAGGAGACAGAGAGGCAGUCCCGGUGCAUAGAGAGCUUGCCAGGUGAAGGAGAAAGCAAACCGCUUUGGAGCCGGGGGAGGGGGGCGGGGGAGGGAGGGAGGGAGGGGGCUCAGAUUCUGUCGAGGUGGAGAUGAACGCCAUUUGACAUUGAGAAGGGUAAAAUCCCGGGAAUCCGCGAGCGAUAUUUCUGCUGCCUGACAGGCACACUCUGGUUUAAGCUCUUUGCCAAAAACACUUUAAUAUGGUGGAGUCCUCUCUGUCUGCAACGUCCCCCACUUCCCUCCCCCCCCCCCUUUUUAUUCUCCAUCUUUCGCAGUGACACUGCUGCCGACGAUUAAUGUGCAAUUAUUAAUAUUAUUACUAUGGUGAACGUUGAAAUUCUUUAGACUGUGACGGAGGAGGAAGUUGAGACGGAGAGACUCUCAAACACCCAAUGAAAUGUCUCUCGUGUUUAUUACUCUUUUUUUUUUUGUUGGUGAAUUCUGUUUCUUUUUUUGUAUUUUUUUUUAUUAUUUGACUUUUUGUUCAUUUACCUGUUUGUUUUUUCCAUUUUUCCCACGUUGUCCUCGUCCUCUGUCAUGACUUGCGUUCGCUCGGCAUGGCUCCUGCUGAGUGGCCUGAACAAAAACACUGCAGAACAAUAGUUUUUCUUUUUAAUAGCACUUUUAAAAAAAAGAAUAUAUAUAUAUAUAUAUAUAUAUAUAUAUAUGUGUGUGUAUUUAUAAACACAGUAAACACAAGGCUGUUUAAUGGUGCGGAUAAACGUUUUCUCCGAUGCGAGGAUUUUCGCCGCCCCGCGGUUCUGGACAUUCGGAAACGAUGUGAUAAACGGGCGCGGCGUUUCAAAACCACUUCCUUCACCUCCCCUGAUCCACUUUCGCGAGACUGACCUCGGAUCAGGCUGUGAGGGCAGGGAGAGAGCAGCCACCGAUCUGCGUACUGAACUGAGACCUGAUUGGAGAUCGGGGCUGGUGAAAGAAUGGGUUUUUCGCACCCUCUCCCCCUGGCGUUGUACGGGCACACGCUCGCCCCCGAAGGCAUGUUCAGCACAGGGUGCGGGUCCAGACUCAACCUGAGGGUGGCUUUCCUCUUAACAUCCUGUGCCUUUUUGGUAAAAUUGCACCAUUUUAAACAUUCUUUUAGGCAACGGGGUAAAGUAAAUGGCCGAAUUCAGCUCUGUAAAGGAAGGAAUCAGAGUGGUGAUGUGAUAUGCUAUGGUGAUGGUUUUCUGACCUCAAGACACAAGAUCAAAUGAAGGAAUUUUCUAACUAGGCUGACCUCAUCUGCUAUAAUUCAGAAAGAUGGCUACAGGGGUCAAUUCUAGUCUCAUAUUUCACCCUGCAGACGUAGGGGUCCGGUAGUCUCAGUGAAUUUUUUUGUUGUUGUUUGUACGUGCGUCAUUCAGGGUUUGCCACAAACUGGAUUGGUGCAAAAUAAGAAAAAGUUCCCACGAUUUUGGAGUGACCAGGACUUGUUUUUACUAUUUUGAGUACCAAAUAGGCGAAGACAGACUGCAUUGGAACUGUAGGAUUGUAUUGGAGUCUGGGGCUUGUCCAUUGAACAGAGGUCAGAGCCACGACUGGUUGGAUGAUGCUUACUUGACUAAAUGAGAGAGGAUUCACUUUGUCUGUGUAUUUAUAUUCACCCCCCCCCCCCUCAAUUUAGCCUGAAGAAAUGAGCCAAUUGACAUGUUUUCAGUGAAGGUACAGCUCUUUAUGCUGAACAAAAUUGGUACCGUCAACUAUAAACAUUUCCUUUUUUUAUUUUUAAUGUUUCAUUUUUACUUUACGUUUUUACGAUUGUUCUUCUCUCGUUACUUGUUUUGUUAACGUUUUGGGUUUUUGCUGCUAUGUUUCCUCCCAUGGUGCUGCACCCUGAAUAUUUCAGAGGCAGUGAGGUUGGAAGAACCCCUGUGUGGCCAUCGUUGUUGAAAAUGGCCGUGUGUGUGCAUAUCGGAAGCAAUGUACGUAUCUGCGUGCGGCCACGGACGCUUGACGAAUCCCCCGAAUGUUCAAGUUGCGUUUGAAUUGCACCACCGUAAGCGCUUAGAACGGGUGCCUUUUGAGUCGGGAACUUUUAGACCGUGCAGAAUUGUGACAGAUCUUCGGAGGACUGAACUCUUGACUCCACCGUUGUUGACUGGGCUGGGCUAAACCGCUGCGGUGGCGGGCGUCGCUUUUUCGGAUUGCUCCGCGAGGCUCUCCGAAGCUCUGCCCGUCUUGGAGCGCAACGUCUUCAUCGCGAGCUCCCCUGCGCGUCAGAACCCCAGCACGGCUUCACCCUUCUACGCCGAGCAAGUCAGCAACUCCGCAAGUGGAUGGGACUGGACAGGAAAGGCUAAAAUAAGUGUUGGGUUCUGGUGCACUACACGGCUAAAGGCAUUGGCUGAUCUUUGGCACCUUUUUGUGACAUCACUUCCACGUCAUCCAGUGGAGGAGCUCUUCCCUGGCAGAUAGAGCAUCACAAAGGGAGCCGGCCCAAGCUUCCCUUCCAGCCCAAAGUACUAAAAAGACAGUAACACCAACACUGAGACUGGCAGGCCAUGGCUGUAGCCCAGGCUAUUGAUAUUUACCACGUAAAUGUAUGGACAAACAAAAAAGAAAAAGUAAAAAAAAAUUUAAAAAAGAAAGUAACUUGAAAUGGGGAAAAAAGUAAAAAAAAAAAGUUUUGGAAACCUGGAAAAGACUUAUUUUUUCUAUAAAGAUGAAUAUGUUCUAUUAA